CAACUAUUUGCCAAUUCCUUAACAUUGACCUUGAACUAACCACAUGCUCCCUUACCUUAACCAUUUCAAAGGGCCCAAUAUAUCCCACUUCGGAACUUCAAAUUCUCAUACCCAACCAACAGCCAAUCUUUGAUUCAUCAACUUCCCAGUAUUAGCUUUGCUUUCUUUUCUUAGCUCAAAUCUUCGCUUGCUUGAUUGAUUUACUCAUUCUUUUUCCCAAUCUUUUAUUUCUCAUUUUACUCUAAUUGCUCAAAAUGAGCUAUCCUUCCUGGAAAAAUAAUGACUUUUGUGUUGCAUUGACUUAUCUUUUGUGAGUAAAAGUCUUGACUUUUUGGGUUGUCUUAAUCCCAGAAAUGAGCCUAAGGAAGCCAAAAAUCUUCACUUCUUGUUCAUUGCCAUUGUGGGUUAUUUUUGUUUUUAGUUUGAUAAGUUUUGCGCAGUGUCAAGAUGUUGGUGACUAUAAUGAAGUUGAAAACCCUGCCGUUCUUCCUCUCAUCACUCAGCUUGUAUAUAGCAGGCUAUCAAACCUUACCACAGUUCUUAGUAGAGAUAUCAGCAAUCGGUCUGGUUUCUGUGUGAAGGAUCCGGAAGCUGAUUGGAAUCAAGCCUUUAAUUUUUCUUCCAAUUUGGAUUUCUUGGCUUCAUGCAUUCAGAAAACUAAAGGAGAUAUCACAAGGCGGAUAUGUACGGCAGCAGAAAUGAGAUUCUACUUUAAUAGUUUCUUUGAUCCAUCAGCAGUUGACAAUUAUUUGAAACCUAACAAGAACUGUAACUUAACCUCGUGGAUUCCUGGUUGUGAGCCGGGAUGGGCUUGCAGUAUUGGACAAGAUCAGCCAGUUGACCUUGAAAAUUCACGGGUCAUUCCUGCAAGAACUCACAGUUGUCAGACUUGCUGCGAGGGUUUCUUCUGUCCCCAUGGUCUUACAUGCAUGAUACCUUGUCCACUAGGUUCCUAUUGUCCACUUGCAAAGCUCAAUAAGACAACUGGUGUGUGUGAACCAUAUCAUUAUCAGCUACCUCCGGGACAGCCAAACCAUACUUGUGGAGGAGCAAACAUAUGGGCUGAUGUUGGUAGCAGUAGUGAGAUAUUCUGUUCAGCUGGAUCAUUCUGUCCAACAACAGUCCAGAAAACUAAUUGCAGUAGUGGACAUUAUUGCAGGAUGGGCUCCACAUCUGAAACAAAUUGCUUCAAAUUGACAUCAUGCAAAGCAAACUCUUCAAGUCAAAAUAUUCAUGCAUAUGGAAUUUUGCUCAUAGCUGCACUGACUACUGUCUUGCUUAUUAUUUACAACUGCUCGGACCAAGUUCUUACCACUCGAGAGAGAAGACUGGCUAAAUCCAGGGAAGCAGCAGCAAGAAGUGCAAGGGCAACAGAAAAAGCGCGACAGAGGUGGAAAAAUGCAAAAGAUUCUGCCAAGAAACACGCAAGUGGAUUGCAAGCUCAUCUCUCACAGACUUUUUCUCGUAAGAAAUUUGACAAGCAUCCUGAAAAGCUUAGGAUUUUGAAUCAAGAUAAAUCUGAGGUAGAAGAUGAUCUGUAUCCACCUACACACUUAAGUACUUCCUCUACAUCCCUGCCAUCAUCUGCCCCAUCAAAGGGAAAGAAAAAGGAACCUAGUGGCCUCAUGCAGAUGAUGCAUGAAAUUGAGCAUGACCCUGACGGUUAUGAGGGUAUCAAUCUUGAAGUUGCAGAUCCAAAUGCUAAAGGACAUACACCAAACAGAAAAGAAAUGACUACUCACAGCCAGAUUUUCAAGUAUGCAUAUGCUCAACUUGAGAAAGAGAAAGCUAUGGAGGCACAGCAAAAUAAUCUUACCUUCUCUGGAGUAGUUAAGAUUGCUACAAAUAUUGAAAUUAAGAGAAGGCUUUUAAUUGAGAUAUCAUUCAAAGACCUAACCCUUACUCUCAAAGCCAAAAACAAGCAUCUAUUAAGGUGUGUAACAGGGAAAAUCAAGCCUGGUCGUAUUACAGCUGUCAUGGGUCCAUCAGGAGCUGGAAAGACAACCUUUCUUUCUGCUCUUGCAGGGAAACCAAUUGGAUGCAGGGUGAGUGGUUUGAUUCUUAUAAAUGGAAAGAAUGAAUCAAUCCACUCAUAUAAAAAAAUCAUUGGUUUUGUGCCACAAGAUGAUAUUGUGCAUGGAAACUUAACAGUGGAAGAGAAUCUGUGGUUCAGUGCUCAUUGCAGACUAUCUGCUGACUUGCCAAAACCGGACAAAGUUUUGGUUGUUGAAAGAGUUAUCGAGUCGUUGGGGUUGCAAACAGUUCGGGAUUCGUUGGUUGGGACAGUUGAGAAGCGAGGAAUUUCAGGAGGCCAGAGGAAGCGAGUAAAUGUUGGCUUAGAAAUGGUAAUGGAACCUUCACUUUUGAUCUUAGAUGAACCCACCUCUGGUCUGGACAGUGCAUCCUCUCAGCUUCUUCUUAAAGCACUUAGGCGUGAAGCUCUUGAGGGGGUGAACAUCUGCAUGGUUGUUCACCAACCGAGCUACACCUUGUACAAAAUGUUUGAUGACUUAGUGCUGCUGGCAAAAGGCGGCCUUACUGUCUAUCAUGGUCCAGUGAAGAAAGUGGAAGAGUACUUUGCAGGCCUUGGAAUUAACGUGCCAGAGCGUGUUAAUCCCCCUGAUCACUAUAUUGACAUUUUGGAGGGUAUAGUGAUACCAAGUGCAAGCUCAGGCGUGAAUUAUAAAGAUCUUCCUGUCAGAUGGAUGCUUCACAAUAGGUACACUGUACCCCAUGAUAUGCAGCGGUAUGUUGCUAGACUUGAAGCCCCUGUAGUUAUAAAUCCAACCCAUGAAUCAAAUCUUGGUGCUGUUGGAAUGGAGGAACAAUCUUUUGCAGGGGAAUUAUGGCAAGAUAUGAAGAGUCACGUAGAGUUGCAUCGGGAUAAUAUACGCCAUAAUUUCUUGAAGUCCAGGGAUGUGUCAAAUCGGAGAACUCCGGGUUUAUUCCAGCAAUACAGAUAUUUCCUUGGCAGGAUAGGCAAACAGCGACUAAGGGAAGCUAAAAUGCAAGCCAUAGAUUAUUUGAUCUUGUUGCUUGCUGGAGCCUGCUUAGGAUCACUAGCAAAAGCGAACGAUCAAACUUUUGGAACAGCUGGUUAUACAUAUACCAUCAUUGCAGUUUCUCUCCUUUGCAAAAUAGCGGCUUUGAGAUCAUUUUCUCUUGAUAAGUUGCAGUACUGGAGGGAAAGUUCCUCUGGCAUGAGUAGCUUGGCUUAUUUUCUUGCCAAGGAUACGAUUGACCAUUUUAAUACAGCAAUUAAGCCAGUGGUGUAUCUCUCUAUGUUCUACUCCUUCACCAACCCGAGAUCUUCCUUUGUGGAUAAUUAUGUUGUCCUGCUCUGCCUUAUUUACUGUGUGACUGGAAUAGCCUAUGCAUUGGCCAUCUUUUUUGAACCAGGUCCAGCCCAGCUGUGGUCAGUUCUUCUUCCAGUUGUUUUGACUCUCAUUGCAACAAGGCCAAAAGAUAGUAAAGCCUUGAAGAAUAUAGCAAACUUAUGUUAUCCUGAAUGGGCUUUGGAAGCACUUGUGAUUGCAAAUGCUGAGAGGUAUUAUGGAGUGUGGCUGAUAACUCGCUGUGGUUCACUUCUGAAAAGUGGGUAUAACCUCCAUCAUUGGUUUCUUUGUAUAUUCAUCCUCGUCUUGAUUGGUGUGGUUACUCGUUUCCUAGCAUUCUUUGGUAUGGUGACAUUUAAAAAGAAGUGAUCGCAUACUUUAAAAGCAUCACUCUUUUGGUAUUGUACACGCGUUGCAUGUGCGUACGUAUAUGUAUAUCCAAGAUGCAGAAUUCUGCAGCAACAGGGAGGCAAUAUCUCCAGCAACAUUCAAGGCAGUGGACAAAUAUCAGGAUGACGAGUUGAGUAACCCAGGCCAUCAUCGCGCUUGGAAUUAUUAUAAAAUAGAUAUCACCAGGUCUUACAGUAUAGGAUAGGACAUAACAAGGGCAGCCACCAAAGAACAUUAUCUGUGACACCAUAGAUCAAUGUUUCUGCUCAUCUUUUGCGUGAUAAAAUGACAUGGUUCAUUGUAUUUGCAAAAUGUCAGAUGGCUUUAUUUUCAAUGUUUUAUGGCCGUCAGUGCCACCAGGUAGAGUUGCAAGAUGAAAUGAAAGGGGUUAUGCUGCAAAGAAAGAUUUGUAAUUUAUACAUCUUUUUUUCUUUUUUUCUAAUUUAACAAUGUAAUUCUACUUCUAACAAGUACGUAAGGUUGUCAGGAUCAUCAAUUAAAGACGUACAUAUCAGCCUCUAAACCUACUCCUGUGACACCAUAGAUCAAUGUUUCUGCUUAUCUUUUGCGUGAUAAAAUGACAUGGUUCCUUGUAUUUGCAAAAUGUCAGAUGGCUUUAUUUUCAAUGUUUUAUGGCCGUCAGUGCCACCAGGUAGAGUUGCAAGAUGAAAUGAAAGGGGUUAUGCUGCAAAGAAAGAUUUGUAAUUUAUACAUCUUUUUUUUUUUUUUCUAAUUUAACAAUGUAAUUCUACUUCUAACAAGUACGUAAGGUUGUCAGGAUCAUCAAUUAAAGACGUACAUAUCAGCCUCUAAAUCUACUCCUGUGACACCAUAGAUCAAUGUUUCUGCUCAUCUUUUGCGUGAUAAAAUGACAUGGUUCCUUGUAUUUGCAAAAUGUCAGAUGGCUUUAUUUUCAAUGUUUUAUGGCCGUCAGUGCCACCAGGUAGAGUUGCAAGAUGAAAUGAAAGGGGUUAUGCUGCAAAGAAAGAUUUGUAAUUUAUACAUCUUUUUCUUUUCUAAUUUAACAAUGUAAUUCUACUUUUAACAAGUAUGUAAGGUUGUCAGGAUCAUCAAUUAAAAACGUACAUAUCAGCCUCUAAACCUACUCCUGUGACACCAUAGAUCAAUGUUUCUGCUCAUCUUUUGCGUGAUAAAAUGACAUGGUUCCUUGUAUUUGCAAAAUGUCAGAUGGCUUUAUUUUCAAUGUUUUAUGGCCGUCAGUGCCACCAGGUAGAGUUGCAAGAUGAAAUGAAAGGGGUUAUGCUGCAAAGAAAGAUUUGUAAUUUAUAUAUCUUUUUUUUUUUCUAAUUUAACAAUGUAAUUCUACUUCUAACAAGUACGUAAGGUUGUCAGGAUCAUCAAUUAAAGACGUACAUAUCAGCCUCUAAACCUACUCCUGUGACACCAUAGAUCAAUGUUUCUGCUCAUCUUUUGCGUGAUAAAAUGACAUGGUUCCUUGUAUUUGCAAAAUGUCAGAUGGCUUUAUUUUCAAUGUUUUAUGGCCGUCAGUGCCACCAGGUAGAGUUGCAAGAUGAAAUGAAAGGGGUUAUGCUGCAAAGAAAGAUUUGUAAUUUAUACAUCUUUUUUUUUUUUCUAAUUUAACAAUGUAAUUCUACUUCUAACAAGUACGUAAGAUUGUCAGGAUCAUCAAUUAAAGACGUACAUAUCAGCCUCUAAA